AUGACAAAUCAUUGGAAAUAUUAUCGGGGUUCUCAACAUGAGAUAGAUAAUCAAUCAAAAGCUACACAAGUGAUUCCUUCAAAUACUCAAUCAAAUAUUCAAUCAAAUAUUCAAUCAAAUACUCAAUCAAAUGAUCAAUCAAUAAAUGAUGUUGAUUCUAUCUCCUCUUCUACAACCCAAAAUAUUCCUCAACCUGUAAAAAUUGAUCAAAAACAACAAAAAUUACCGAGGUCAUGGGAUGAUCCUCCACCUUUGGAAGAUCCACUUGCUAAAUACAUUUUGAGC